AUGGAUGUCAGUAAAACCCUUUUGACAUCGCAUAUCUGGAGUAUAAUUACUAAAUGUCCGUCUCUUUGGGUUCAGUGGGUUCACACUUACAAGUUGAAGGGUAAAAGCUUCUGGGAGGUUCAAGGCCGGAACAAUAUUACUUGGGGUUGGCGAAAGCUUCUCGCUAUACGUCCUAUAGUUCGUCCUUUUAUGUGGAAGUCUAUCCAGAGCGGUCAUCAGACCAACGCUUGGAGUGAUAACUGGUGUACAUGCAGCCCCUUACGAUCGUUUAUUACUCCGCGUUCUAUAGCUAGAGCAGGUUUCUCAUUAAAUGCAUCGGUAGCGGACCUUCUUGAUAAUGAUGGGCAAUGGCGUUGGCCUCAGGAGUGGUAUGAUCUGUUUCCGGUACUCAUUAAUAUUGAUUCUGUCCAUCUUGUGCCUGAGGUGGAGGAUCGGUUUCGUUGGAAAGACUUAGAGGGUAACUUACGGGUUUUUGGUUCUUGGGAGGUUUGGAGCAGCUUGAGACAUAGAGAUAGUAAAGUUGAUUGGGCAAAUUCGGUCUGGUUCAGCCAGUGCAUUCCGAGACAUUCUUUCCAUCUUUGGUUGGUCAUAAAAAAUAAAUUGAAAACGCAAGAUAGGAUGGCAGUUUGGGAGGCAGGUAGUGCCACCAAUCUUCGGCUCAUGUGUUGCCCCUUAUGCAGCUACGAUCGUGACUCCAGGGAUCAUUUAUUUUUUAGUUGCUCUUAUUCAUCGGAGGUAUGGGGUUUGGUUAGGGAUAUGGCUGAUAUGGGUAACGUUGAUAACUCUUGGUCCUCGAUUAUUCAGUGGAUAGAAGGUCAUGCUCAAUCUAGAUCUCUAGAAAUCAUAGUUUCCAACCUUCUGGUGGCGGCUUCAACGUAUUUUAUAUGGCAAGAAAGGAACACUCGUCUGUUUUCUCGUGAACGGCGGAAUGCAAGUGUGCUCUCGAAGGUCAUUAUUGAUACAGUUCGGCUCAAGCUUAUGGGAUUCCGUAUGGGUGGCGACUUGAAGCAAAAGAGGUUAUUGGAUAAAUGGCUUGUCUCGAAGAAGAAUGUGGAUAUAGAUCCAGGCUAG